GAAAGAAAGGACAUCAAAAUAAUGUGCUGCGGAGGAAUUUUGGUCAAGCUGUGAGACGACGGUGUACGAGGAGUGAAGGCGAUUCAGAGGGGCUGAGGGAAUUGUCCUCUGUGCGAGGGAUUUUCUUUAGGCCCCAGGCCCCUGCCUGCCCCUAUCGUCAGCAGACAAUUCGAACCCCCGUGUUAAAAUUCUGUUCAUCUGUACAAGACGACGUACUUGGUUGUGUGACUCAGGAAUUGCCUACCCCUGCUCCCCUACUCAAGUCCAGCCUUGACUGAGUGAGAGAGAUGGAAAGCUUGAUGACUAGCUCUACCCUGCCUCCCCUUUUUGCAGAUGAAGAUGGCUCCAAGGAGAGUAAUGAUCUGGCUACAACUGGGUUAACCCAUUCAGAGGUUCCAUAUAGUAGUGGAGCCACAUCAUCCACCAACAAUCCAGAAUUUGUGGAAGAUCUCUCUCAAGGUCAAUUGCUUCAGAAUGAGUCUUCAAAUACAGCAGAAGGCAAUGAACAGAGGCAUGAAGAUGAGCAAAGAAGUAAACGAGGAGGUUGGUCCAAAGGAAGAAAAAGGAAGAAACCUCUUCGAGACAGCAAUGCACCCAAAUCCCCCCUUACAGGAUAUGUUCGUUUCAUGAACGAGCGGCGAGAACAGCUUCGAGCAAAGAGACCAGAAGUCCCAUUUCCAGAAAUCACAAGGAUGUUAGGCAAUGAAUGGAGUAAACUGCCUCCUGAGGAAAAACAGCGUUACCUUGAUGAAGCAGACAGAGAUAAGGAGCGUUACAUGAAGGAACUGGAGCAGUAUCAGAAGACUGAGGCCUACAAGGUCUUCAGUAGGAAAACCCAGGACCGUCAGAAAGGCAAAUCUCAUAGGCAAGAUGCAGCUCGACAGGCCACUCAUGAUCAUGAGAAAGAAACAGAGGUAAAGGAACGAUCUGUUUUUGACAUCCCUAUAUUUACAGAGGAAUUCCUGAACCACAGCAAAGCUCGGGAGGCAGAGCUCCGCCAGCUUCGCAAAUCAAACAUGGAGUUUGAGGAGAGAAAUGCAGCCUUGCAAAAACAUGUGGAGAGCAUGCGCACAGCAGUGGAGAAGCUGGAGGUGGAUGUAAUCCAAGAGCGGAGUCGCAACACAGUCUUACAGCAGCACCUGGAGACCCUGCGGCAGGUGUUGACCAGCAGCUUUGCCAGCAUGCCCUUGCCUGGAAGUGGAGAGACACCUACAGUGGACACCAUUGACUCAUAUAUGAACAGACUGCACAGUAUUAUUUUAGCUAAUCCCCAGGACAAUGAAAACUUCAUAGCUACAGUUCGAGAAGUUGUGAACAGGCUUGAUCGUUAGGGAAUGGUCUUAGAGCUCCAAGAGGUUCUGUAAGUGUUUCUGCUUGUGAGGAAUGAGAAGCCAUCCAUGGGGGCAGAGGAGUACAGACAGAUCCCUUUGCUUGUGAAAGAAUUACCAGUGAGUGAGUUGCCUUCACCCCAGCAAGCCAUAUGAGGGAGCAGCAAAAAGAACGUGUGUAUGAACUUCCUAUGGAAUCAUCCUUGUGUGGAACUUUGAAAGUGUACAGCCACUCUCCCAAGUCUUCAGUUUCCUAUCAUUUCCAUUUCUGUUAAAGUGGAUCUGCAUAUAUUCUGCUGACUAGGUGACCCUGAGGCUGACAUCUGCUACAGCAGAAAGAAUGACUUCCCAUUGUUGCAAUUCCAAUUAGACCCUUUUAUUGGUAGAGCUCGUUUUCUUACCUAGCUGUCACUUUUUUAAAAUGCCUUCAGGGGUUUAUAUUUUGCUUCCCUUCACUCACACCAAGUUAUACAUCUCCAUUUUCUGACCUCUGGGCUUUAUAGCUCAGCAGGGUUCUGAAAGAGAGUUUCUCUCAUUGGAUGGGCCCAAUCUUCUCCCAUCAUUGCCCUGCUGUGUCUCCAAAGAAAGGAGCUUCUUGUUGACAGUGCCCUGUGGAGCAGGCUGUGUUUCAUACCCCACAGAGUGCUCAGUGGGUACCUGGCUUUGUGAUUGCUGCCCUGAAGGAGAAUACUCUCACCUUCUUCCUUGGUACUGCCUGCUGUUUUCUAAGCAUUGCUCCUGCACAGACAUGGAGUCCCAGCCCCAGCAAGGCUCUUCUGUUCCCAUCUGUUGGCAAUGUCUUGUGGAGCAUUUUUGCUAAAGAAAAGGUCAUUGGUAAACAGAGGAGAAAGGGAAAGAGUAGUUUUUCAUUUGGUAUUGAAAAAAAGUCCAAAGUUGAUCAGAAGUGAAAACUGAGGGAAUCCCUGUCUUCUUCAGGUGUAAUGAUUCUUGGACUUAGAUAGGUGAAAACAUAUUCAGAAUAGUCUCUUGAGCUGACAGAAAGGGCAUAGAGGAAUUCUCAUGUCCUUUGUCUUCCUCUGUAGCUAUUAACUGCUGAAUCUGUGUGGAAAAGACAAGCUUCCCUUCCUUCUCCCUCCUUAGCAAGUGAUUUUUUUUUUUUAAACAGCAAAAGCAAAGAAGGGUUUCUGGUUCCUUUAACAGCAAGGGGAAGCAAGAUUCUGAUUCUUCACCUCAGGGGUAUUUUUUGCUGUUUUUUGUUUGUUUGUUUUUGAUGCCCUAGAGCACAGGGCUGAAGGUUGCAGCUGAGAUCUUUGGAACCAAAGCAGAGCAUGCUGAGCUCAUUGUCCAGGCACCACGCCACUGAAGGCAGGUGAAUGGAAGUAUGGCCCCUCUCACAAUACGCUCAUCAGCCAGAGUGCAAGGCAGAAAUUCCCUGUCAUGUUGCUGCACCAUCCUAUCUUCUCAGAAUCUCCUUACUUGUUUUCUUUAGUAGUCCAAAGGAUAACAACAACAAAACAAUUUUUUUAAUAACUUAUGUGAACACAUCAAGUUCUCAUGCACUGAAUCGCACUUACCACCUCUUGGCAAUUUUUUAGAAUAAGACCCAUCAUUAUCUACUGCUAUAAACCUAGACCGGUCUCCUGCUUUUUUCCUGUAUUUUCCAGUUUUCUUGCUCUCAUCUGCUGUUUCUUCCACUUUUCUUAGACUCCAUGCUGCCUGCCAGGUCCAAACUAGAACUCACUGUCUGUGGCAGAAGGACAUCCAAGCUGGUUCUGGAAGUUUUUGUCUGCUUUCUGCCACGGGCUUUCUGUCCUUUCUUCCCUCCUUCUAAUAUUUCUCUCUGUUUCUCCUUUGUGUUCAGUUUUGUGCAGCUUUGUUAGCACUGAUUUUGUGACCAGGAAAGGCUGUAACUUGGUCCAAAGAUUAUCAUUCUUCUGACUCUGGUGUCAAAUGGGACACCUGACAGUGACUUGAAAUAUUUGCAUAUUCAGCAGUGCAUGAGAUCUCAAGAGAGCCUACAGUUUGCAAUCAUUUUCACAAAAUAAGCAGCUCUUAGUUUAAUAAAAUAAGCCUCUCUUAUUUUCUCAGCAUUUUAAAAAUGCUGGCUCUCCCAGUAGCUACACACCUCCUGACUCCCUGGUGACUGGAAUUCAGCUGCCACAAAACUGUCUGGUUCCAUAAAGCAGGUCUGUGCCACCUCCUCCCUCUCUGUGCUCUAAGAGGAGGUGGUAAAUGAGGUUACAGGCUAGCACAAUAUCUAAUUCAUGUUUCCCAGUAAAUUUGUAGAUAUUACUGCACUUAUAUGUUCUUCUCAAGAAAUAAGCUGUUGCCUAUUCAGUGUUAUAGAUUUCUUUCUUUUAAAACACAAGGAGCAACUGAGGAAACGGAGACAAGUGUUUUAUUUCUGACAAAUUUUAGGGGAAAAAAAUUGUGUAUGUGUGUUUGGAAUUGUUAAAAUGCCAAGUUUUCUGUACAAGUGUUUUUGUAAUUAAACUUUUAGAUUUUCUGUUUUUUAAA